ACAAGUUGUUGAGAAGAAUGAAAGGUGAAGCACUGAUUUCUUCAUAGUCUGAACCCUCUCAUCUCAAUCGCAUCUCAUCUUAUCAACGCUGCCAAGCCCAAUGGACCUCACACCGCACCAGCUCAGCCAGUACAACGGCACCGACCCCUCCAAGCCCAUCUACGUCGCCGUGAAGGGCCGCGUCUACGAUGUCACCACCGGAAAAUCCUUCUACGGUCCCGGCGGUGCCUACGCCAUGUUCGCCGGCAAGGACGCCAGCAGAGCCCUCGCCAAGAUGAGCAAGAACGACGAAGACAUCUCCCCCUCCCUCGACGGCCUCUCCGAAAAGGAGAUCGGAGUUCUCAACGAUUGGGAGAACAAGUUCCAAGCUAAGUACCCUGUCGUUGGUCGCGUUAUCAAUUGAUUUACUCUUCUUCUUCCCUUUCAUCACCAUCUCUUUGUUUCUCUGUUUCUGUAGUUGAACCCAAUCCAUCACCCUCAACCUCACCCUAGUAGUAAUAGUGAUAGCAAUAAAAUUUCUCUGUCCAUGCUCUGGAUAAGGGAUUCCGUU